UUCAUCUGACCAACCACUUGCUCAGGUCACCAAGCAACAUGAAUGUAAAUAUUGACAGAAGCUACAGGUGUCUCAGGUUAUUGUUGCACUGACUGCAGGAAAUGAUUAAACUACUUCUUCAGCUGCCAUCGUUUUUAUGAUGACUUCUUGGCAAGAUUCAGAUCCAAUAUUGAGAGACUACUUCAUUAAACAUUCACUUCCUCAGAUUUACAAGGCUUUGCUUGCUGGGUUAUGUGUCUCAUGCCCUGAAGAUCCUUUGCACUUUAUAGAAGAGAAGAUCCUAUCAAUUCUCGAAGAUCAGGAUUUCGAGAUUUGCUGGCACACAUUUAUUGACAAAGACAAACAAAUCUCCUCACUGGCAGGAAGCAUUGUGUAUGAUAUUUUUGGAAAUUCAGAAGACAGCCAGUUUCUGUCGCAUUCGUUGGAGAAAGCUUUCUCAUGUUAUCGAACCAACCUGACCAAAAUGUGUUUCAUGGGUUGGAAGAGUUAUAUUUCGAAGAAGAAAAUGAAAGCUGCCAGGCUCCUAGAGAGAAUGGAAGAGACUAAGUUGUAUCACACACAGAGAAGGAUAAAACAAGCUUUCAUCAAGUGGACAGCGUGGGUUUGCUUUCGAAAACACAGGCAGAAUGAUGCUGUGAGGAAACUACAGAAAGCACAGGAGUCUGUUCACUGCAGAAACAUCAUUACAUCUUGGCGUCGUGUUGUGCAUGAAGCUAAAAGAACAAAGGAAUAUUUUAAGAGGCUAGAGAGAGAGAUACAAGAAAGUCUGAACUCAGAGAUAUCACAGGGCAAUGGACAGGACAGACUAUCACUGCUGCCUAACAAGCUGUCUCUUAAGAUCUUCCAAUGUCUAGGUGUGCGUGACCUCCUGAAAUGCGCUCAGGUGUGUCAUUCUUGGAAAGCGAUCACUCAAAUCAGCUCACUGUGGACUGAGAUUGAUUUCUCCCCUGAGGGCAGCUGGAUCACAGAUCAGACUGUGGAGAGAAAACUGCGGGCACAUCGUGUCUAUGUGAUCUCUGUGAACCUGUGCGGUUGCACAAUGGUGCAGGGCUCGAGCUUCAGACGCAUCAGUAAAACUACUUUAAUCAGUCUAAAAAUUACACACAUUUUCAGUUUGAUCAAUGAUAUGAUAAGGAUAUCGCAUGUGUUUAUUUUCAAAGGUCAAUGCCGAAAUCUUCAAGAACUCAAUCUGAGUGAAUGCCAAAAUGUUAAUGAUGAAGAUAUGAAGAUGAUUUUAGAGGGAUGUCACUCUCUCCUCUAUCUUAAUCUGGCCUUAACUCAUAUUACUAAUGGCACUAUAAGAGUCCUCUCAAGAUGCUGUGUGACGCUGCGGUCUCUGAAUCUGGCACACUGCAUGGGUUUCUCUGAUGAAGGCCUGCAGUGUCUGACCACAGGGAAAGGCUGUCACAGACUCAGUCAUCUAGACCUCUCCGGUUGUUCUCAGAUAUCUGUGGAUGGAUUUACAUAUGUCGCUGAGGCUUGCAGUUCACUUCAACAGAUUGUGUUAGAUGACCUGCCCACCCUCACUGACACCUGUGUGCAGGUCUUAGUGUCUAAAUGUCGUGUGCUGACUGUGAUUUCCCUCUUGGACUCGCCGUUUCUAUCUGAUGUGGCAUUCAAAACAAUGGCGGAAGUGAUCGGCCUCACCAAGAUCCAAAUAGAAGGGAAUGGGCGAAUGACAGACAGCAGCUUGAAGGCCCUGUGCAGGAGCUCUCAGAAACUCAGUGAGGUCCAUGUGUCCGACUGUCCUCGCAUGACUGAUGCCAGCUUGAAGUCUUUAGGAAAUCUGACAAAACUGUGCAACCUAAAUAUCUCAGGCUGUAUCAAGGUGACUGAUAUGGGAAUCUAUUACAUCACUGAAGGACCGUCUGCUGUUGAACUGCGAGAGCUUGAUCUUUCUUACUGCCCAAAAGUUACAGACCUGUCCCUGAAGAGAAUAACUCAGAGAUGUAGCAAUCUGACUCACCUGGCCGUGUGUUUCUGUGAGAACCUGACCGAUACCGGCUUUGAGUGUCUGGACAAAUGUGCUUCUCUGGUCUCUCUGGACAUCACCGGCUGCAAAAUACAUGACAAAGGACUGGCAGUUCUGGGGGCCAAUCACAGUCUGAGAAAACUGACCGCAAACGAGUGUGUUUUCAUUACAGAUAAUGGAAUAAAGAUGUUUUGCCGACAAUGUCAUCGUCUGGAGCUUUUGGAUGUGUGUCACUGUGUGUGUCUGUCUGAUCGCGCGAUCAAAGCCCUUUCCUUCUUCUGCAGGACCAUUGCCACAGUCAGAAUAGCUGGAUGUCAUAAAAUGACAGAUACAGCAGUGAAAUAUCUAACAAGAGCUGGUCACUUCCUGAGGGAGCUGGACGUGAGUGGCUGUCCUCUCCUGACCGACCGCACUCCUUCUUUCCUCCUGUGCAGCGCUCCACAUCUGCGGUCCAUCAGCAUGCUCUACUGCAAGAACAUCUCCAGACAGGCCGCUCUGAAUCUGCAGUGCCGAGUCCAACACUGGAAACACAGUCACGAUGACGCCCCCUACAGUCUGGAUUAAUUACUGCAACUCGACGAGAUAUGGCAGGAUGAGGACACUACAGACAUGACCAGUCGAGUCAACACUUAAUCUAUAGUGGAAAAUAUUUUGAUAUUAUAUAACAUUUAUGCAUUUGAUAU